AUGUUAACCGAUUCUUAUGAAAUUGCAUCAGCAGUUGAUAGUGACCUGCCCUUCACAACUCGUGUCGAAUUAAAAGAAACAAACAACGAAAUCAGGGAAAGAGCUUCCUGAAUCUUCAUCCAAAUGGCAAAAGUUUCAUGUGGGAAAAGACUAUUGAUAAGUGAAGAUAUCGUGAAAGAUUUGGCAGUUCUUUUUGAUGAUUCUAUAGAAAAAAUAAGAAGCAAUGCUUAUGAAGCCAUGCUAUAUCUGAGCGAACAAAGAGAAGGCUGUGAAGGAGUGGUUAAUGCAGGAACUUUGGAAAUUCUAGUAGAUAAGCUAAUCUCUGAAAAAACUGAAAGAAUUUUGGUUCUGACUUUAAGACUUAUACAACAACUUUUAGGAGUAGAGCAAGGCCAAGUUAGAGCUUUGAAUACGCCAAUUAUUAGUAGAGUCAAAAAAUUGUGUGAAUCGGUAAGCAGCGAGCUCAGAAGACUUUCUUGUGAAUUGCUUGCAGCAAUUGGGUUUGCUUAUCCAGGAAAGAAAAGAGUUAUAGAGCAAGGAUGUGUGGGGGCUCUUGCUGAGUUGCUAUUUGAUAGCAUUUCAGAGGUCAGGGCUUCAGCUUUGCUGGCAUUAGCAUGUCUUACAAUAGAAAAAACAGCCAAAGUAGAACUGAUUGAAGGGCAGUAUCUUGAGAGAAUUGCUUUGAUGCUGGAUGAUGAGAGCUUGCAGAUAAGACUUAAUGCAAUUCAGCUUAUAGCAAACGUAGCUGAGCAUCCGCUUGCAAAGCUCGAAUUUCAGAAUUCUUUAGAUAGGCUGAGAGAGCUACUAGAAAAUGAUGCUGAAAUCAUUAAGAGAUUUGCUGAUAGAGCUAUCAAUGUUAUUACAUGGAGACCCUAAUUCCUCCUUAAAGAUAGUAAAAUGCUUGGAUAAAUCCUAUAUUUUUGGAAAAUUAUGCUCAUGAGCAGUUAAUUAAUAUAAAAAGAUUGCAUAUAAUAACUAUUAUAAUAAUAUCUCUAGCUCUAUUAAAUUUAACAGCUCAUAUUCUAAAUAUAUUUUUUUUAUAAUUUAAUCACAUUAUUAAUUUCAUAAAUUUACAAAUUAGAAUUGAAAAAAAUCUUAUGAAAAUUUUUAAAACAAAAAUUUCUUCUCUCUACAAGCGAGGAGAUAA